AUGGGAAAGGAGUACAAAAGUCAUGUCCUUGGUGUAACUUCAAUAAUUUGCCUGCUUAUUUUUACUCUGCUCUAUGCUGCAUUUUCUCCUGCCUAUAUUAAUCCAUUUGCUAAUUUUGAGUGUUAUGAAAAUGAAGGGAAGCAGAACCUGUCCAAUUGGAAUGGUGGAAUUCAUAGCAGAAAGGUUGAUCAAGAGGCUCCCAAGUUUCUAAUGAGAAGACUAGUUAGAGGAGAAGAUCAAAUUAGGCUCGAAUCCACUGGUUUUUCAUGUAGCACUGACCUUCAUUAUGAAGUAUGUCUUGCUAAUAAACCUGUUGCAAUAGACAACAGUGCAUUAACAUUAUAUGUUCAAUCCAGUGAGACUCAAGCUAAGCAUAUGGUUCAGCCAUAUGCCUUAAAAGAUGAUGCCACUGCAAUGAAGGCUGUCAAACCAGUUCAAAUACUUCAUGGAAAGACCAAUCUGCCCACUUGCAAUUUCAAUCACAGUGUCCCGGCUGUGGUGUUCUCCUCCGGCGGCUUCACCGGGAACCUUUUUCACGAAUUCAAUGAGAUCGUCAUACCCUUGUUCAUCACCUGUAGCCAUUUUCAAUCCCAUUUACAGUUUGUCAUUACUGAUUUUAAACCCUGGUGGGUUGAAAAAUACAGCCGAGUUCUAUCCCGUUUGUCUAGCUAUGAAGUUAUGAAUCCAGCAGUAAAUGGAAGUGUACAUUGCUUUCCAGGAGCCAUUGUUGGGCUUAAGUACCAUGACAAUUUGGCAUUAAACUCUUCUGAUAUUCAUGGAGGGUAUUCCAUGUUUGAUUUCAAGCAGUUCCUCAGGGAAGCAUAUGAACUGAAACUCAAGGAUGUCCCCAUGGCAGAGAAACCAGUGCUGAUUCUUAUAUCUCGUAACACAACAAGAAGGUUUUUGAAUGAGGAUGAAAUGGUGAUAAUGAUGGAAGAGCUAGGCUUUCAAGUAUUUGUUGCAACGCCUGACAUGAUGUCGAAUUUAGAAAAUUUUUCCAGCUUGGUGAACUCAUGCAGUGUCAUGGUUGGAGCCCAUGGUGCCGGCCUUGCCAAUGCAGUGUUCUUGCCUGCUGGGGCAGUUAUGGUGCAAGUGGUGCCACUGGGGCUAGAAUGGGCUUCAACUAACUAUUUUGGAGGACCAGCAAGUGAAAUGGGGUUAAAAUAUUUGGAGUACAAGAUUAAACCUGAGGAGAGUUCAUUGUUGAGUACCUAUGGUCUAGAUGAUCCAGUCAUUAAGGAUCCCUAUUCUAUAUUUUUGAAGGGGUAUUAUGCUGCUAGGGCUGUGUAUGUUGAUGGACAGAAUCUAAAGAUUAAUGUGACAAGGUUCAGAGAAACACUUUUUGAAGCAAUGAAACUUCUUGUACAUCCAGAUCUUCUAAACUGA